AUGCAAAGAUUCUAAAUCUUAGUUUUGCUUGCAAUGUGCAAUGGAUCCGGUGAAACAUACUAAUUGUAAGUAGGACCUAAAAGGAUUUGGUUAAAUUUAGAGUUUAAUGGCUAAAUGCAAAGAAAAUUUAGUUAAUUUAACAAAUUAAUUGAAUAAUUCCUUUGUAAAGUCAAUGCUAAAUAUGAAGAAUGGUCAAAAUAUAUGGAAAACAUGAAUAAAUAAUUAGUUAAGCUAUCUGAAUGUUUAACUUAAUAAGAUUAUCAGUAUAUAAAAUAAAACAUAUAAUUGGUUAAGGAGUGGUAUAAAUAUUUCAAUAAUCAAGAAGAAAACAUUAAGUAAAAUUAAAUUGGUAAUUCUAUAUAAUUUAAUAUUUAUAGUAACUUAAUUAUAAAUAUUUAUCGUGACUUUUAAAUAAUAAGCAAGGUCAAAAGGUUGAUAAAAAAUAUGAAUUUAGAGGAAUAGUCAUAAUUAUAAUCAUCCAGAAAUUUAUAGCAAAAUAUAGAAAUUGAACUUUAGUAAGGUAUUCUCUUUGGUUAAUAAUCAAUGAGGAAUAGAAUUAAAAAAAAUAAAAGAAAAUUUUAAAUAAAUUAAAUAUGUAGAAAUAGUAAUAGGCCUAUGAUAAAUUCUUUGAAUGCUAAAAGUAUUCGAGAAAAAAGCAUCUUUUGCUACAUUAUGUACAUUAACGUAUAUCAUAAUUAUAUUUUAGAUAUUUCGUUAACUGAAUUAAAUCAACCAGGCUAAGGAUUAGCUUUAAUUUCAUAAGCAAAAAAGAAAAAUAGUAACUUAUUUAGAGAUUUAUUGGAUUAUUCAAAUUUAGAACUAAGGAAGAAUCCAAAUAAUAUUUUUAUGUUAAUUUCAAAAGUAUUCUAAUAUAAAUUCUUUUAAGGUUAUGCGUUAAACUAAGAGUAGAUAUAUUAGGAAGUUAUGGAACAAUGUGAAAAAGUAUUAAGGGAAGAACCUUAAAUUCUACAUGGUUACUAUGGGAAAAGUAAAAAAUAUUGUUAAAAUAGGUAUUUCUUUAGCAAACUCCAAUAAGAAUAUAGAAGCUAUUUAGUGUAUUGAGGAAGCUUUCAAAUGUAAAUGCAGUUAUUGUGUUGGUUAUAUUAAAAAAAGUAUUUGUUAUUUUAUAAAGGUUAGGCUAAUGUUUAAACAAGGUGAUGUAAUAUAAAGAGGCAAUUAUUUGUUUGGACAAAGCACUUGAAAUAGAUCCAAAUAAUGCAGCUACCUAAAUUAAUAAAGGUUUUAAAUUAAAUAGAUUGUUAUAGGAAUACCUUUAAAUUUAAGAAUAAUUGAUGUUAAUAUAAAUGGACUUAAAUAAUACAGUGAUGAAAUAGCUUGUUUAGAUAGAGCAAUCCAAUUAAAUCCUAGUUAUGCUAUUACGUACAAUAAUAAGGGUAAAUAUUUUUUUUAUUGUAAAAGGUGUUUCAUUAGAAAAUCUUAAUAAAGAUCAUGAAGCUUUAGCAAAUUACAGUAAUUCUUUAAUGAUAAACUAAACUUAUGCUUAAGCCUAUAAAAAUAAGGGUAAUUUAAAUUUAUAUUUAAGGUAAUUUAUUAAAUUCCUUACUACUGAGCUGA